AUGGCAAUCGAGUCUACGACGAACGAGUCCCUCAGGAUGGAGGAGUCAACUGUCCUACGAACGACCGCCCUGGUCAACAGCAGCAAUCCGACAUUGGUGGCGGCAUGGGAUGUGGGAGCACCACCAAGCCCGGAGUUUGCCCCAGACAUCCGGUUGCGGUUCAACGGUGCGCCAGAAACCCUGGGACCGGAUGGCGAUCGGCGAAAGAAAGUAGAGGCUGCCAAUUUCGCACCUGGUGGGAAGUAUCGAGCGGUCUGCAAACUUCAGAUGGGCUAUUCGCUCAGCACCAGCGAGUACAUGGGCACCGGCUGGCUGAUCGCGGACAACCUCAUUGUGACGGCCGGUCACUGCGCGUUCGGUGCGGACGUCGGAUAUCUGAAGUGGAUGCGCGUCCACAUCGGAUACAGUGGUCCUGAGUCGGUCGGCAAACCCAGCCACAAGGUCACGUACGCCGUCAGUGUCUCUAUGCCUGCCGAAUAUCUAAAGGCCGAGACUGGAGUCCACGAUGUCUCCUUCAUCAAACUCAAGGACAAUUUCAAAGAAUUUGGCUCCGGCGGCAAACUUGUCCGGUACAAAGACACCCCGGUUUUCGCAAACCUUUCUCUCGGCGUCGUUGGCUACCCGGGUGACCGUGAAUUCGGAGCCUACAUGUAUGAGCAUUGGGCGGACGUCCAGAUCGACCUGGCCAGGUCCAGGGGCGUCCUCGAGUACAAGGUGGACACGACCGGGGGCCAAUCUGGCUCACCCGUCUUCACCUCGGACCUGACGGCCAUUGGCGUGCAUGUGCGCGGCGGCUGGCCCAACUCGGCUUCGUCCAUCGGGACGCUGGGUAACAUAUUCGCAGAGUACCUCGUCGCGAUGAAGGUGCACGCGGGUGGCAACGUGCUUGCGGGCACGAAGAUCGUCGACAACACCAUGACCCCCCCUGCGCCGAACUUCCAAAUGAUCAGCGUGACUUCACUGGCACAAGUCGAACCCGCGAGUGGUGCCGCUCCAGCCGCAGCUACAGCCGCGCGAAGUGCAGUCCCCAACGGCGUCCCUACUACCGAGACCGUCGGCGAUGACGAUGUGGCGCAGAUGUCGAAGCUACUGCUGAAGAUCCUCAAAGGUAUCGUCCAGAAGGACGAAUCCGCGAUCGCGGCGGAGAGGGCCAUUUUGGCGGAAUGA